AUUCAAAAUCAAGGGUGUGCAGAAGGAUCCGCCACUGCUAUAAACCCUCGGCGGAUUAUUGAAUCUUAAUCGUAAGAGAACAGAAUGGGAGAGAAAUGGCGAAAAUUGGAUAUGGAAGAGCUGAUGAAUUACAGCAACAAUCUGAUACAAGUUCUGAAAGAGGAGAAGGAUGCUUUUGUGCUCAACCAUUUUCUGCGCCAUACCGAAUCAUCUCAGUCACAUUGGCCCAAACAUCACAACCAAGUCGCGACCUCCAUUCAAGACUAUAAGAGGAAGAUUAAUGCAUGCAAGCAAGAAGCGGCAGUUACAGAAUCUGACACUGUAGCAGAUGCUGUGUUAGAUUCGUUGCAGAAAGUAUUGGAUGAGGAACAUCAAUUAGAACGGAAGCAUAGGGAGGAUAUUAGAGUAAUUACCAAUGGAGUUGAUGAUCUAGACCGUCGGAGGGUCUAUACCGAAGAAGAAUUUCAAAAAAUCAAGAAAGUUGAUCAAAAUGAACUGAGAGCUCAGAUGAAGCUUUCAAUGUAUGCUUCUGUGACAAAUACCAUUCCAGACUUGGAGGACGAUGAAUCCAAAUUAUCAGGCCAUAUCGUGGUGAGAGAUAAGAGAGCUGUUGACAAGUUUGAGUUGGAUCCAUCAAAAGAUAAUUGUAACACCAUUUGGAAGAUGAUAAAACCUGUGAAGAAUCAAUCUCUAGAUUCGGCUUUCUAAUUUGGGUAAAUAUGCUCAAUUCUGAUUUAUUGUUUGGGAAGUUAGACUAGAAUGCAAAUUUGGUUCUUGAAGUUGAAAUGUUUUAAGGUUUAUUUUUUAUUUUGUACUUUCUUUUCUUUUUGUAAUAUCUGGUGUUUAUGUUUAUGCUCUGCUCUGUAUGAACAUCCGAACAAGCAAAGUAAGAUAUAUGUAUGUAUAUUUAUGCCAGUUGGUGAAAUCUUGUUCUCAUUUGAGGUGUAAAAAUAACUGCAAAUUUGUAUUUCAUUUGUGUUACAGAAUUAUUAAUUGAUAUAAAUACAUUGUAUAAGUUGACUCUGGAGUGAUUCUAGACCCCUAAUCGUAGUUAGUUUCCUUGUAUACGUGAUUGUAUAUGUACCUGAAAAUGGAUGACCUAGUGUUGAUUGCG